UGCCGGCUGAGGGCUUUCCCAGCGCCGCCACCGCGGGAGCGGUCGCGGCCCUGAGGGGCUCCGGCAGGGGCGGCGCGGGGCCCCUCGCUCGGGAAGGAGCCCGUGGGGCGGGGAGCAUCCCCCGGCGCCCUCACGCUGGGUGGUACCGCAACAGGAAUGACGGUGAACACACCGCUGUGCUUCAGAGGAAAGAAGAUCCUGGCUCCGAUGGUGCGGGUGGGGACACUGCCAAUGCGGCUGCUUGCUCUGGACUAUGGUGCCGAUAUCGUGUACUGUGAGGAGCUGAUUGACAUAAAGAUGCUGCAGUGUAAGAGGGUUAUAAAUGAAGUACUUGAAACAGUGGACUUUGUUGCACCUAAUGACAGAGUUGUUUUCAGAACUUGUGAAAGGGAGAGAGAGCGUGUUGUCUUCCAAAUGGGUUCAGCAGAUGCUGAAAGAGCCCUGGCAGUAGCUAAGCUUGUAGAGAGUGAUGUGGCUGGUAUUGAUAUCAACAUGGGAUGCCCAAAAGAAUACUCUACUAAGGGAGGUAUGGGAGCAGCACUGCUGUCUGAUCCUGACAAAAUAGAGUCUAUAUUGACCACCCUUGUUAAAGGAAUUUGCAAACCAGUCACCUGCAAAAUCCGCAUUUUGCCCUCAGUGGAGGAUACUGUGAACCUGGUGAAGAGAAUAGAGAAAACUGGCAUUGCUGCCAUUGCAGUCCAUGGAAGGAAGAAGGAGGAGAGGCCUCAGCACCCUGUCCACUGUGAUGUGAUCAAGGCCAUAUCUGAAGCUGUCUCCAUUCCAGUAAUAGCGAAUGGAGGAUCUCAUGACUUCAUUAAGGAGCAUGCAGACAUUGAGACUUUCCAGAAAGCAACAGCUGCCUCAUCAGUCAUGAUUGCUCGUGCUGCCAUGUGGAACCCCUCUGUCUUCAGAAAAGAGGGGUUUUGCCCCUUGAAGGAUGUCAUGCAAGAUUACAUCAAAUAUGCAGUGAGGUAUGACAAUCACUACACCAACACUAAAUACUGCUUGUCUCAGAUGUUAAGAGAACAGUUGGAAACUACUCAGGGUAAGAAGCUGCACGCUGCACAGUCCACACAGGAGAUCUGUGAAGCCUUUGAAAUGGGUGACUUCUAUGAAGAAACCACAGCUAUUUUUGAAGCAAAGAAAACAUCUUUAGUAACCAAGGUGCAAGAUGAAGAUGACCAAAUGGAAGAUCCAGAUGUAAUAAAAAUGGCUGUUAGAUUUGACAAGCGAGAAUAUCCACCACAGAUCACUCCAAAAAUGUAUCUUCUGGAAUGGUGUAGGAAAGAAAAGCAUCCUCAGCCUGUUUAUGAAACUGUUCAAAGACCACUGGAUAGAUUAUUCUGUUCAGUAGUGACAGUAGCUGAGCAAAAAUACCGAUCAACUCUGUGGGACAAGUCCAAGAAGCUGGCAGAGCAGGCUGCAGCUAUUGUCUGUCUGAGAACGUUGGGUGUCCCAGAGGGAAAGCUCUGUGAGGGAGAAAAUCACCUGAUUAACAAACGCAAGAGGGGGGACCAGCAGCCCUUGAUUAGCAGAGACCAUGGAGAGGACCUUGCUGAGCCUUCCCAUAAAAAAGCUAAUUUUAUUGAAGACACUUCUGACAUGAAUGUGCUGAAGAUGCCACGGUAGCAUGGAAUUAAUGGAAAUUAGAGGUUUCAUGCCUAUGCAGCUACAAAUGAGCUCCUGUUUGUAUAUCUUGCUGUUCACAUUUCAUUUGGAUUCUCUCAGAGACAGAUAAAUUUCCCAGUUGUGAAAAAUGCCACUGAGAUGUUUACUGUUCACCACUCACUGUCUCUAUGGUGCCUUUCAGAUGAUAAUUAAGAACUUGAUUUUAAAGAACGUGGAGAAGGUAAUCCUAAUAAUAAACUUUUUUAAAAUAUCAGGUAUUUUCAAAGCAA